GGGUUUGAUUCCAACCUGCAGCCCUUUACUGUUCGUGGUUUCCCACUCUCUUCCAGUUUCCUGCUCUAUCCACUGUCCUGUCUUGUGAAUAAAGGCACAAAAUCCCCAUAAUAAUCCUAAAAAAAGCCACCUUAAAUCCAGCAUGGUGUUGAUAUUAAUGAGUAAAUGCCCCAGUUAGAGUAACACAGACAACUUAUCAGUCAGGAUUGAUCUUUGACUCGUCACGUGAUGCAAUUGCCACAUGUGACAUCAUGAUUAAUUUGUUGCUUAAGUUUAGUUCAAACGCUUGCAGAACCAAUGACACAUCAGUCUCUGCUUUUUUGCAACCAAACUUCUAGUUAUGAAGUAAUAACUGGAAAGAAACCACUCCAUUACACACAAAAAGUAAGUGUUCAUGUGCAUUUUCUGUAUUAUAUAAUUAAGGACAAACAGUAAAGGAGCUUUAUCUGCUGAAAACACACAUUUCACAUUCUGGUCAUAUAACUGCAACUUUAAAAAUGCAGAUUUAUGACAUGUAUUAACACUUGGCAUAAAAAGUGUUGAGAUACUAAUUAAUUCUAGCGUGCAUAAAAGCUCAAUUUAUAAGGUCUAAACCUGUAUGGUGUGAGAGGUGUAAAAUAACUAACUCCAUGUACUUGACUUCAUUGAGCAGAUCAGCGAGCAUAUAAAGUUACUAAAUCAUAUUUCUGUUCCCUCCUCCAUUGUGUAAAGAUUGAAAAAAAGCGCUCAGGUGAGCUUGUCUGCAGGUAUAAAGAGCGUCUGGUAGCAGGCGGGACAGAGCGGAGCUGUGCUGGUGGAGUGAGGAUUACCUCUCCCAGAGCAGAGGAGCGCCUAUCAGAGGAGUGUGUGGAAUCUUGCUGAGCGACUUACUUGAACCCUGCACCUAAACCAGCUUUUUAUCAUCUGAGGCAACAUGAGAGAGUGCAUCUCCAUCCAUGUGGGCCAGGCAGGUGUGCAGACAGGAAAUGCAUGCUGGGAGCUCUUCUGCCUGGAGCAUGGCGUCGGGCCUGAUGGCGUCUUCCUUGAUAAUCCAGCAGAACCGAACUCUCGUGAAGACCCAUUCAACACUUUCUUCAACACAGGGAGCUCUGGGCAUCACGUACCCAGGGCGCUUUAUGUGGACCUGGAGCCCACUGUGGUUGAUCAGGUGAGAGUUGGAAAGUACAGAUCGCUUUUCCACCCCGAGCAACUGAUCUCUGGAAAGGAGGAUGCAGCUAACAACUACGCUCGUGGUCACUACACUGUGGGGAAAGACAUCAUUGAUGGAGUCAUGGAGCGCAUUCGCAAAAUGUCGGACCAGUGCACCGGCCUGCAGGGCUUCCUCGUCUUUCACAGCUUUGGAGGGGGGACCGGCUCUGGCUUCACCUCUCUGCUGAUGGAGCGUCUGUCUGUCGAUUACGGAAAGAAGUCGAAGCUGCAGUUUGCGGUCUACCCGGCUCCACAUGUGUCCACAGCUGUAGUAGAGCCCUACAACGCCAUCCUGACCACCCACACCACCUUAGAGCACUCCGACUGCGCCUUCAUGGUCGACAACGAGGCCAUCUACGAUAUCUGCCGUCGCAACAUGGACAUCGAGAGUCCCGGCUACAUCAACCUGAACAGAUUGAUCGGUCAGAUUGUUUCCUCAAUCACAGCCUCUCUACGGUUUGAUGGCGCCUUGAACGUGGACCUCAUGGAGUUCCAGACCAACCUGGUCCCAUUCCCUCGUAUCCACUUCCCGUUGGUCACAUACGCGCCCAUCAUCUCUGCUGAGAAGGCGUACCACGAGCAGCUGACUGUACCCGAGAUCACGAGUGCCUGCUUUGAACCGACCAAUCAGAUGGUCAAGUGUGACCCCCGCCAUGGAAAGUACAUGGCGUGCUGCAUGCUGUACCGAGGGGAUGUGGUCCCAAAGGAUGUCAACGCUGCAAUUGCAAAUAUAAAGACCAGACGCUCCAUUCAGUUUGUGGACUGGUGCCCCACGGGCUUCAAGGUUGGCAUCAAUUACCAACCUCCCACUGCUGUCCCUGGUGGAGACCUUGCCAAAGUCCAGAGAGCCGUGUGCAUGCUGAGCAACACCACUGCCAUCGCGGAGGCCUGGUCACGUCUCGACCACAAGUUCGACCUCAUGUACGCCAAGCGAGCGUUUGUCCACUGGUACGUGGGAGAGGGGAUGGAGGAGGGAGAGUUUGCAGAAGCCAGAGAGGACCUGGCGUGUCUGGAGAGGGAUUACGAGGAGCUGGGUUGUGAGAACACUGAUUCUGAGGAUGAGGAUGAACAAGAAUACUGAACCUCAGAGCUCCAACAGCUGCACUGCGAUGAUGUUCAUCUGUACUGAGUAAAUCAUUGUGACAUAC